GUGAACUGCCUCGACGUCGGACAAACUCCCCUGCUCCUACCUUUCCUGAGGGACGAAGAUGUCGACCUCGAUACCGGGUACUGCCGAUGAUGAGGAGAUGAAGCAGUUCGAUGCGCUCAUGACUACACUCAUCCGGAUGACCGCAGAGCAAGACGGCCAGAAACUCACACCUCAGGAAGUGGAAGACAGUCUGGCCAAGUUCAAACUCUCUGCAGAGGAAUACGAUGCACUUCCUAUGCACUCCCAAGCACACCAUGUUCAUCGCACUAUCGCUGUCUUCAGAGCGCUGAACGACAUGGACACGGUCGGGAAGUUGAGGGAUCAGGGUGUGUUGGAGCACGCUCAGGCCGAAGGUAUCAUCAAGGAAUUAGAGCAAGCUGCAUUGAUUGAGAAUGCGAAACUCCCGCGUCCACAUGAACCGACGUUGUUGCAAGAUCCUGCGAUAGAGCGCUGGCGGACGAUGCGCGACAGCAUCCACAAAGGAUUCCGUUUCACGCGGUACAACACCGGGCCAGCAAUCUACUACGCCGCUCUUGUCCCCCUUAGCGUAUUCGCAAUUGCUUACUUUACACGGGACCAGUGGAGUUGGGGUGGUAGGUACCGGGGCGAAUCAAUGAAGCGCUCGGGGAGUGAGGCUCCUCCAAAACAAUAGCUGCUCCUCAAGAGCACAUUAUCAUGUCCAGAACUAAUGUAUAAGUGACGCCUUGCGCAAGGCGCAAAAGCCC